AUGGAAGACGACUCUUUUCAUUGUGAAUAUUGCAAUGGUGAACUUGUUGUGGAAUCUAACAAGCUAACUUCCGAAGAAGUAGUAGAUAGAGGUGACAAUGCAAAGAGAACGCAGCGGGGGAAAAAGAAAGAUUUGCUUCAGAAUUUUGAGGUUCAAACGAAACCUCUGAUGAAUCAAAUAAAUAGAGUAAAAGACCUACCGGUUCCUAAGUUGGAAUCUUUUCCUGAAUGGGAAGCUCGUGCAGCUAAGGCUGCUCGUGAAAUUCGUGAUCUUAACCCGAAUCAAUGCUGGUUGAGGUUAACCUUGGUGACGGAACAGAACAUGUCAAUUGAGGUUAACCUUGGUGACGGAACAGAACAUGUCAAACAUGAAGGUGGAGAUUCUAGUCGGAAAGUCAUGCCUCAAUGGAUGAUCACGGAAGGAAUGAAUUUGACCGAUGAACAAAGAGGACUGAUUAGACAUGAAGCAAAGGACGAGUAUCUCAGAGCUUACGCCGCCGCCGUUCGACUGAAGCAGCAAGAGCUAGCUGAAAGGCUGAAUCAGCAAGAACCCGAAGGCGAAUUAACCCCUCAAGACAUUCAGUCGGCUUCUACAUCAUCCUCAGAUCGUUAG